CGGUACAACGCAACUACCUGCUACGCAGUGUUUGCUUGCGCAGCUCACAAUGCGGUCGGCUUGGUUGUUCACCUCGUUGGCGUUGUGGCUGUAGCUAUAGAUCCCAGUGUGUACCCGUGACGAAGGAGAGGGCAAGAGGUGAGGACAACUCUGUCGUGCUCCCUGGGGCGACAUCAUGGGUGAUGCACAGGGAAACGCGGAGGUGGACACUGGUGGCGCUGGCGAGGCGGCCUUCGUGGGGGUGGUCCUAGUCGCCCUGUUCUUCGCCUUGUGCCGUGGGUGGUAUAGCUCUGAAGUGGUGGUGUUUCUGUCCCUGUUGGUGGUGUGGAACGCGGGGAUCAUCUCCACCGCGGAAGCGCUGUCGGGGUUCAACAACCCGGGGGUGCUCGCCAUCGGCGCCCUGUUCGUCGUGGUGGCCUCGAUAGAGAGCUCGAAGGUCGCCGAUAAAGCCGCCAAGAACAUCCUGGGCCUGACCACCACCUUCUCGUCCGGGUUCUGCAGGCUGCUGCUGUGCGGCGCUUCCAUGUCGGCGUUCUGCAACAACACGCCCAUCCUCGCGCUGCUGAUCCCGGUGACCGAGGACUGGGCGCGCGCGAGGGGCUUCAGCCCCCCGGUGCUGCUCAUGCCGCUGGCGUUCGCUUGCGCCUUCGGGGGGAUUCUCACCACCGUGGGAGGCGGGACUAACCUGGUGAUACAGGGGCUGCUCUAUGAGGCCUCCAAGGAAGACGAUAGCGUACGUUCGUUCCGGCUCUUCGAGCCGGGCUUUGUCGGCCUGCCGCUUGCCAUCGCGGGGAUUUUUUAUCUCUUAGUCGCCGCGCCCCGGUUGUUGGCGGCCGUGCCGGCGGCGGCGGGUGGCGGAAGCGUUGUUGCGGUCCCGGUGCAAGACCGUUCGGGAGAUCUGCUGACGGAGGUGGAAAUCAAGGAAGACUUCAAGCUCGUCGACCAGCCGUUCUCUUUGGUGCUGGCCAGCCUCGGGCUACCGAUGGACACCCUCGUGAAGGUACGCCGACGCCUAUCCCAACCGGGGGAUGCGGUGGAAGCCAAACCCCUCUCACCGGCUACCACCGGGUUAUCAAAGAAGGGCGUGUUCGGCAGCGGUAGUGGCGUCGGAAGCGGUGCCGAGGCGGGCGGCGAGGAGCAACCGGGGUGGGCAGGACGAAUCGCUGCUUCCUCGUCGAGGCACGCGGGUGGCGGCCGCAAGCCGUUCGCCCUUAGGCGGCGAGCGACGGCAUACCAGCCCCUCGAGAACGAGGACGGGGCCGUGCAGAACCAUGGUAGCGGUGCGGGGGCCCCGUGCAUCGAGAUGGCCACGUUGCGGACAGCUGGAGCCGCGGUUGGGGGGCCUGGAACCCCGACAUCGCAAAGCGUUGGAGCUUUCGCCGCCGUUGACGGGGCUACCACUACCCACGAUCUGCACGACGUGGCUCCCGACGCGUGCGUGCGUGCCGGAGACGUCCUCGUGCUCAGCUGCGGAUGGAGCGCCAUGGUCGACGCCCAGGGCUCGUGGUUCAGCGCGCGCGAGCCCGGGCUGGGGGUGCUGGGGCUCAGCACGCUGAGGCCGCCUCCGCGGCCGGGUUCGGUGUUCUUCGAGCUGGUGCUGUCGCGCACGAGCCGCUUCUUGGGGCGGACCGCGCGGAGAGACGAGGGAUUCUUCUCGGCCCGGUACGGAUGCAGCGUCGUCGCGUUUCGCUUGAAGGGGAGCACGGGGGGAGGGGUCGAUCUCCUGGGGAGGAGCGCAGCCGAAGAAUGCGACCGAGGAGGCAACGGCGGCCGCCACGACGCCGUCGCCGCCGGUGACAGCGGCGAUACAACCUGCCUCGGAGCCGAACAGCCUGGACGGACCAGCGGCGACGGGCUGUUCGAGACCUCGGGUGCUUGUGGGAGUCCGCAGAGCUUCGCUGGGGCGGCGGCGGGGGCCAUCGCCGAUGAUGCAUAUGAUGAGGCGUUUUUCAUCGGGGGCCCCGGUGAUUCGCCGACGGUUCGCGGCGACCGGAGCAGUCCGGGUUCGACCGCACUGUCGCCGUCCGUCGGAGAUGAGAGCCCGGCGAGACUGUCGGAACUGGAGAUCUCAGGACCAGUGGCAGCGCCUUGCAAACAACAGCCUACGGAGGGGGCGGGUCUCGAUGCGAAGAGUCAACGGCGGCGGCAGUGGCGGCGGCGAAGAGGGGAGGCGUUCGAUGCGGGGGAUAUGGUAGUCGUUCUUGCCACGGAACAAUUUUCGAGGCGUUUUUCUUCGACCUCGGGGGGUGGGGAGUUCCUGCGGAAUAGGCCGAUCGGCAGGGUGCCGGAGCCGACGGGGUGGUUUCACUACUUCCCCCUGAUGGUUUUCGGGCUGAUGCUGUUGUGGGUGCUGCUGGGCGGCGUUGACAUGAUCCGUGCGGUGUUUGCCGCGAGCGCCGUGCUCCUCCUCGGGGGGUGGGUCGACGCCAAGCAGGCGGUCGGGCACGUCAACUGGGGCCUUCUCCUGCUCAUCGGGUCCGCGCUGGGGUUUAGCAAGGCCAUCGCCAACAGCGGCCUCGCGGCCAUGGCCGGGAAGGCUGUGCGGGAGUCCGGGAUGAGUCCCCCGGCGAGCUUGUACGCGCUGUUCUUGCUCACCAUGCUCUGCACGGAGCUGAUCUCAAACAACUCCGCGGCGGCUCUAAACAUCCCGAUCGCGCUGAGCAUGGCGCGAGAGCUGGAGGCAGACUACAAGCCGUUUGCCAUGACGGUCCUUGUUGCCGCGUCGUGCUCCUUCCUCACGCCCAUCGGCACGCCGACAAACACGCUUGUGUGGCAGCCAGGGGGUUACAAGUUCCAGGACUACGCCAAGCUUGGCGCUCCUCUGACUCUGCUCUUUUGGGUCUCCGCCUGCACCGUCAUCCCGUGGUUUUUUCCGUUUUGACCAUUUUUUCCAUUGUAUGUUAUUUGUUGUUUUUGGUUUCCCAUGCCCAGGAAGAACUACCACCGAGAGGCGUAAUGGUAAAUUGGUUCGCCCAAAAUCUGCUCGUAAUGAAAUGCUGGGUGACCUUGUUAACUUGGUGUAAGCACCGAAAAAGUAAAGCGUCGUAUGUGUGACCCCCUGCUGAUGCGUCCGGAAAAUACGCCGAAAAGCGUGUGGACUGACGUCCAGAAUAUAUGGAACCACACACUUACGUGCUUGUGAGCUAAAGGUCCCGUAAUGAGGGGGGUGAGGAUGAGAGGAGGCUUGUUGUUGAUUGUGCACCAGCAGCAGGCUGGUCUUGUCUCCAGGUGUGGGUGGCGAGGAAUGCCAAGGAGCGUGGCCAAAAGACCAGUCGAGCAAGCACCAAAGGGAGGAGGGAAGUGAGCCUUCGUGGGCAACUUUUCGCAUUUUCCAUGGUCCACUCGAUCGAUUGGUCGCAGCGUUCGGCGUGCCUUGUCCUUUCGAGGAGAUCCUUGGGCCGGUGGCGAAAAAUUCCGACAGAGGUCUACCGAUAGGUGUACUGCUGUCCUAUUUAGGAUUGUUUAGCGCAUGGCCUCCAGGCGCUGCGCUGUGUUGAAAGCUCUUAUACCGGAAGCAUGGAUAAAUUGUUGUUGGUCAUGUUAGGCCUUGUGAGUGUGUUGUGCUACGGAUAGACUAGUAGUGGUGUGGGCCAGCAGCUAUGUGUGUGUGUGUAAAUACAUGUAAAUGUAUGCUGCUAUCGCUUGGCUUGGGCAUGCCCGCGCCGAACAAGGGGAGUCGUCAUCGUUUGUGCUCGUUUUUUUUUGUGUGUAUUGUGUGCGUUGUGAGCUUAGUGGGUGUUCUGUAACGUGCAGUUUGCUUCACCGUCUGAUAAACGUUUCUCGUGUAGUCGACAAAUGCUGUGAGCGCUGAGGUUAAGGGAAGAAAAAGAAAAAAGUCGCAAACUUCUUCUGUUCGUCCGUACCAG